AAAGAGGAGGAGAGGAGAGGAGGGGGUUGUGGAGGAGUACACUUGGGGCCUGAUAGGAGGCGGGGGGUACCAAAAGAAAUCUUUGAGAUGGGGAGGUGUGUCCAAAAAGCAGCUUUAAAGCAACUAAUGCUCUCACUGAGGCGUCAGAGGCAGGGAAGACAGCACGUGUGUGUGUGUGUGUGUGUGUGUGUGUUAUGUGGAGGAUGCAAGCACAUAUGAUCGUGUUGAAAGUGUUUCUGGUACUGCAGGUCUUGCUGCUGGCAGCAUGGUGUGAUGUUUGGCCCAGAGACCAAGAGCUGAAAGAUGGAGAGGAGGAGCAAUUAAAGCACAUACCACAGGGACACCAAGAUGGUUGGGAUUAUGGUGACCCAUAUGGAUAUUCUGGAGCAGGUCAUCACAGUGCUGGAGCACAAAAAGAAAGCCCUGAUGUCUCUGAAAGGGUCCAUUACCCUCUGGAGCAUGGGCAUGUUAACCCCAGUCAUGGGCGUCCGUCUGAGGAUCUGUCUGUGGCCGCAGAAGAUGAUUCUGCAGUGACCCAAGGGAAUAACACUCCAACGCGCAUGGGAAACUGGUGUGCGUUUGUGCAUAAGCGUGAAGUCACCAUGGCAGUGUCCUGCGGUACUGAGAAAUACAUUAUCAAGUCCCAGAGUCCCUGCCCAAAUGGGACACCUGACUGCCAUCUGAUCAUGUACAAGCUGUCUACUCGGCCAGUGUACAGAAUGAAGCAGAAGAUCUUCACGGCACUCUUGUGGAGAUGUUGCCCUGGUCAUGGUGGAGAGAGAUGCGAGGAUAUUGUGGAAAACGGCCAUGUCUCUGAAGCGUCCAGCACUGACAUCAGACUUAAUCCAGGAGGUCCAGAGCUCAACAAUACAGGAUUGGAGAUGCUAACCCACAAACAAAACCAGAAGCACAAUGACCAUCAAGACCCCAGGCCUUCGCUACAUGAGUCCCCGAGGUCUGAGAAGAACUCAACAGAAGAUCAGAAGAGCUAUGACUACACUCCAAACCCACACACGGUCCAUGUGCCUCACUAUGAGAGCGGCGCACCCUAUGGUACGGAUGAUGGACAUCGAGGUCCUCCACCAGAGGCACAUUAUGCAAAUCCUGGGCUUGUACCCAUCCAUUAUUUAAAGGAUGUCAUGAUGUCUCAUUUGCAGCCCAUAUUUGACAGCUUCAACCGGACACUAGAACGCCUGUCUGAGGAGGUGCAGGAUUUACAAAAGGACAUGACCAAGCUGCAACUUGAUCAGGUGUUACAGGGAGAGUCCCUAGCGGCAAGAGGUGGAAUAGUUGAGGAGUCAGAGCAGCACGAGGCAAUGACUGAUACGUUCAAGCAGCUGGAGGAACUGAAGACGCAACUUGUCGAUGAGAUGGAACAGAAGCUACAUGCACAGCAGGCCAUGUUCCACUACAACUUGAGCAACCUGAAGAUUGACAUGGACGUCCAAAUUAAACGCAACCAGAAGAUGCUACAGACAGGUCUCCAUGCCCUAAAUUCCUCACUAUCAGAGGUAAGAGAGAAACAAGACCAGCUGAAGGAGGACCUACAGAGGGUUUUGACGCUUACAAGUCAUAUACCAAGUCCUGUUAAACAGCCUCAGGAGGACACAGCAGUCUGGGAAGCCAUUACCCGUCUAGACAAUAAGGUGGUCAAUAACACAAUAUGGCUCAGUGCUCUAAACAAAGACCAAAUCCAAGUGUCAGGGAGAAUAGAACACUUUCAAAAGGGCUGGAAGAACUUAGAGGAGCGUAUAACCCAGAAUGACCACAAGAAUGAAGAAAGAUACAUUGAGGCUUUCCUGGAAGUGGAUGCGGCAAAGGUGACAGUUGGAAAAUAUGCUGAUGACCUGGCAAAAAAUUUCACCAAUCUUCAAAUCAUAGUUCAGGAACUGGAGGAAGACAUGGACGAUUUGUACACACAGUUCCAUAAGAACAUAAGUUUGGGUAGUAGAGACUGCGACUGUACCGGCCUCAGCACAUCCGUGGCGCAGUUGAAACAGGAAGUGGCUAAUAUAAAAGUAAUUGCAAGUGAAAACAGGCAAGCUCUAGACAGUGCAGCAGAAGAGAAGGUAAACCUUUGGGAAAAGGGUGACUGGGGCCCACCAGUGGAAGAGAUAAAAUUAGGCUUACACACUGUGCAGAACUCGUUGGCGCAUGAACAAGAGAAGCGCAAGAUCCUGCAACAAACCUUAAACACACUCCAGACCUCUCUUUUGGGCAGUCAAAUAGAUAUUGAAGCUCUACAGCAACGGGACAGUCAGAAAGCUGGUGAGAUAAAACACCUGUACGACGCUUUUAACUCUCUGUUGAAAGAUGCGAUACGUCACAGUGACAUACUGACAAUCCUGCUUGGUGAGGAGGUUUUGGAGUUUAUGGACUGGUCCCCACAAGCCCAGGAAGCCCACUCCAUCCCUGCGCUAAAGACGCUGAUCAGCGACCUGCAGGAACAGAUAAACGGACACAGCCGUAGCCUGGCCUCCAUGCUUAACUCUGAAGAUCCCACUGCAGAUGAUCUCUCAGAGCUGGUAGACUGGAUUGCAGAGGAUCUCAACAGGAAAGAAAAGGAACAGAAAUUUGACCAUUCCUCAAAGGAACCUACAAGUCACAAAGACAAGGACUUGUUUGCUUUGGAAAAAACAGUGGAACAGCUUCGAGCACAGGUCGUCAAGCUCGGAGAACAGAAAUGUCUGUCCUGCUGCAAUUCUACUAAAGGUGCUGCUUCCAAAGAUGUAGAGGGAGAACUGCAAGCCGAGUUGGCAAGUGUGCGCAAGAACCUUGACGAUCAUCUCAGGAUUUUCAGCAGCAUUUUCAGUAAUACUGAAGGUCUAACAGAGUCUGAAGCAACAGUAGAUUUGGAUAAAUUGUUUGCAUUAAUAAUGAAAAAGGAAGCUAAACUUCAAAGAAAGAGGCAAACGAAGAAAGCAGAUACAAGAAGUGCACAGCGCAGCAAGCGGGAUACAUCGGGUGAAAUAGCAGUGCACGGUCAGCUUCCUGAGAACCCGCUCAUGUUCGUGGCCAGCAACGGAGAUGGUGCGAACACACCUGGAACAGUCGUGUUUGAAACCACAUCCGUAAACCAUGGGCAAAUGUACUCACCUGAAACGGGCACGUUCCGAGCACCUGCUGCGGGGGAUUACCUGUUUGUGUUGACACUGGACUUCGGGUCUGGGCCAUCUUUAGCCCAGCUGAAGAGAGGAGAGGAAGUGGCAGCGUCACUGCAUCAGAGAACGGGGAAGCCAUCAGGACCCUCGACCCGCGUCUGCUUCCUACAGCUGCAACAGGGUGAAGAGGUUCAUGUAGAACUAGUGCAGGGAACAUUGGAGCACGGGAAGCCAAAGGAGAACAUCUUUGCUGGACUGCUGCUCCGACAGACCACAUGAGCACACGUUCACAUCCGAAAAAGUAAAAACAAAACAAAAAAAAACAAAAACACACCACCACACGCAAGCACUGGGAUGAACACAUGAACAAGCUUCCAUUUCUUGAUUAUCAUCAAUACAGCACUUUUUGAUUUCUCCUAAUCACUGAUUUGUCACAAGAAUCUUUUGCUUAUAAGCUUCUGUACUAUUUCAGAAAAUUGUUUAUUUGAAAAUCAAAGAGAGACUUUUCCCAGGCUUAGACUGUGUGUAUGCGUGCGUUUAUAGAUGUAUCGUACAUAUGAUUGCUACUAUUACAGUUAUAUUGUCCCAACUACUUACCAUAUAUCUGUAGAUUUGCUGCACCUUAAAACACUGCCAAAAAGUUAGGACAUGUCAUUAAUGCAUGCUUCUCAUAUACUUGUCUCUCAAACAUUUGAAAUGACCCAAAAGCACUCUGAUUCAUAUAGUAAAUAUUUACUUAAAAUGAAUACAUUGGACAAGUAUCAUACAUACUGUAUUUGUACUUUCUUGGCAAGCUCAUAAGGCACCCAUUCAACCAGAAGUUAUAUUAAAAAAGUUGUGUAAUAAUUACAUAACAAUUACCUUUCAUUAGCAUAGGGCAGGGCAAUACAAUAUUUAAAUAUAUACAUCAUAUUAGAGAUGCUAGUUCAAUUGUUAAAGUAACAUUUUAGAAGUGUGACUGGGAGAAACAGGAGUAAAAAGAAGGGUCAUGUAUCACAGCGCUAAAUCCUUCAGCAAGUUAUAAGGUUAGCAGUGGGAAAUGAGAACGAAAAACAGAAAAAAAAACAAAAAAAUAAAAACACUGUCUGCUUUUCCAAAAUAUUCUCUUCUGGUCAAAGAGUACACACACUACUCAUGCAGCAGCCAUUUCCUGUGACAUUUUAUCAUCUUGUACAUUGAACUUGAGUUACUCCAUCCAUCUUUAACAUAUUUAUAUUUUUAAAGCAAAUUUAUUUUUUUGAAGAGCAUUUUUAUUACCUUUUUCAAACUUCAGCAUUUAUUUUUCUGUAAUUUUUUACCUUUGUAUAACAUUGUGAAAAGUUGGCAAAUUUGAUAAAGGCAUAAAUAUUAGUCUGCCACCAAAAUGAGGACUGUUGGUUUAAACGUCCUGUAAUGAAUAGACUGUAAAUGUCAUGCUUUUUCAGCGGCACGGAAAGCAAUUAAGGUAAAGUAAGGCUGGUGUUUUUCGUGUGUAUUUCUGUUCUGGUCUAUAAGUACUCCAAAGGGAAGUCCAUACAGGGACUCUAAUGUUUUCCAUCAGACUGACAGAUCUAAAACAUCCUUUUAAGAACAGCUUUAAAACAAACAAACAAAAUAUUCCCUUAAAAUACUGAGAAAGACAGGAUUUAGACUUGUAGUUGACCGCUAAGUACUACUUAUAUUAAAAUGUUAACUUAACAUACGUACCCGGGGAACUCUUUUAUUAAAGGUUGAAGUGUCUGGCCCCAUGGACCACUAUUAGUAGAAUAUUUCUUAUUUUUUAGCUUGUGUAGUCCAACAUUACAAAUAAUUGCGCUUGGCAAAAAGUCACAAGUGUUUUUCCAUAUGGCAGGAACUUGAGGUUUAUCCCAGACCAAAAAAAAAAAAAAAAGGACAAA